CAAAAUGCUCCUAUAUUCCGAGAUACGGAAUACCAAAAAAGAAAACAAGAAACAUGCACAGACUACUAAAAUCUAUUUAAUUUAUACUUUUUGCGUAAAACCUCAAUUUGAGGCGAAAAUAGUUGGUUUUUAGUGUCCCUUUAAGUUAUAAUGUCUAGUAGUAGUGGAGCGGGGGCUCCGCCCCAGGGUGGCGUGGUCAGAAGCAGCGCAUUGUCCUUCGUUGCGGCUGCGCAGCCCGCGACAACAGCUGACAACGUUCCUGGGACUCCGGAUGUGAAUCGAGAACAGGUAGCUCAAACAGAUCGCCUGGUCCCUGCGGGAUUGACAGCACUAUGUGAAGCAUGCUCCAGGCUGUACCCUGAUCAGCCCAACCCUCUGCAGGUCACUACCAGACUUAAGUAUUGGCUUGGUGGUCAUGAUCCCCUGGACUACAUCAGCAUGUAUUGGAAUCCAGGGAAGCCGGAGGAGCACAUUCUUCCCCAUUGGCACUAUGUCAGUUUCGGAGUAUCGGACCUCCAUGGGGACGGGCGCGUGCACCCUCCUCCAGACAUGUCACCGGGCGCGCCCUCAGGUUACGGGUUUGAGCUGACGAUGCGAUUGUCCGCCGAGGAGGGAGUCACUCAGCCCCCUCUGUGGCCAGCCGCGUUACUCCAAGCUUUGGCUCGAUAUGUUUUUACCACUGGUAACAAACUAUGCGCUGGGGACCACAUAACAUGGCACCGCGCCCUGGAUGGAGGGGCCGGGGCGCCGCGCUCCCGGCUCAGACACCUUCUGGUAGCCGCCGACCCUCAACUACCCACCACACAUACUCCACAUGGCACUGUCACCUUCUUACAGAUCGUAGGCUGUACUGGUAGAGAGCUGAAGGCAGCCCAACGAGGGUCCGGAUUUGAAGUCCUUAAGCUUAUCAGCGAAGAUCCCAAAUGUGGUGGGGCCUGGCUAGUGACGCGUAUGUCGCGGCGCUCGUCGUGUCGGCGCGUGCGCAGCGCGCGGGGUGCGCCGCCCCCGGCCGGCCCGGCCACGCUGGCCGGAGUCUCCGCCUCGCUGCGCUGGCAGGCUUGGAGCCCUCAACCUUCGGAACAAGCAGCGUCUCCCUCCCCCCUCCCUCCAUCGGUGGAGCAACAGAUCAAGGACACGCUGCAGCGAGGGCUCAGUUCCAUGACGGAUAGGAGUGGACCUGAAGGUCACAUGUCGACUGACAGCUUCGAGAUGUCCAGCAUGGAGCGAGCCCUGCCACAUGUACCGGAGUUAAUGGAGGGUUCCUGGCGAGGUGAUAACGAUGUGGAAUAUUUGGAAGGUGUCCACAUCAUGCUGAAUGCCGAAGGAGCCAGUCUGCUGCCUCUAGCUAUAGACGGUCGCAUCUUAGCAGGCAGUCACUUUACAUGGCGCGGCCGGGGCUGCGCCCUCACGCUGGUGGCUCCUGGAGUCCCGGGCUCCAAGGUCCAUGCUGCCAGACCCUACACAGCCUGUUCUUCUUGGUUACAGGUCUUAGUACCGAAGGACUUGGCUCAAGAUAUGUCGAAGAAAGUAGCGGCAUUUUCAAAACUGGCUGAUUCGGACUCCGAGAUCAGUUCAGAUGAUGAAAAUCAAAGUCUCGAACCCCCAAUGCUGCCUAUAACACUAACCUGGCCGAAACAUAAGUUGAAAAUCACCGUAUUGUCUGAUAACGAGUUUUUAUAAUAAAAAAAAAUAUGGAAUAAGUCGGCAAACGAGCAGAC